CUUUGUUCUUAAAUAAUAGCAACAAGGAAACGCAGUCAGACUGGGUUUCCGCGCAGCAAAGAUGAGUCCGAUUAAUCAAGGCCUGCUGUUGCUGCUCACCUCCCUGUGUGCUGGGGCAGCAGCCAUGUUUGAAUCCACACUGGAUGCCCACUGGGAGCUGUGGAAGAAGACACAUGGGAAGAGCUACAAAAAUGAUGUGGAGGAUGCUCACCGCCGGGAACUGUGGGAGAAUAACCUGAAGAUGAUUACCGUGCACAACCUGGAGGCCUCAAUGGGACUUCACACCUAUGAACUGGGCAUGAAUCACAUGGGAGACCUGACAGAAGAAGAGAUCCUGCAGUUUUUUGCCACUCUCAAACCUCCCACUGGCAUCCAGAGGGCGCCAUCUCCCUUUGCAGGAGCAUCAGGUUCUGGCAUACCAGACACUGUGGACUGGAGAGAGAAGGGUUAUGUCACCAGUGUCAAGAUGCAGGGUGCUUGUGGAGCUUGCUGGGCCUUCAGUGCAGCAGGGGCCCUGGAAGGUCAGUUAGCCAAGACAACAGGAAAGCUGGUGGAUCUCAGUCCCCAAAACCUGGUGGAUUGUUCUCGCAAAUAUGGUAACGAAGGCUGCAACGGAGGCUACAUACGCCGAGCUUUCCAAUAUGUCAUCGACAACCAUGGAAUUGACUCUGAUGCUUCAUACCCAUAUAUAGGACGUGAUGAUCAGUGCCACUACAACCCAGCAACCCGUGCUGCCAACUGCUCCAGUUACCAGUGUCUGCCUGAAGGAGAUGAGGAUGCUCUGAAGCAGGGUCUUGCCACCAUUGGACCCAUUUCAGUGGCAAUUGAUGCUAGGCGGCCCAAGUUUAUUUUAUAUAGGAGUGGAGUGUAUAAUGACCCAUCAUGCACUCAGGAUGUGAAUCACGCUGUGUUAGCUGUGGGAUACGGCACUCUGAAUGGACAAGACUACUGGCUCGUAAAGAACAGCUGGGGAACUUCCUUCGGAGAUCAGGGAUACAUCCGGAUGGCACGCAACCAGAAUGAUCAGUGUGGCAUUGCUCUGGAUGCCUGCUACCCCGUCAUGUAACUGCAGAGGGAACUGAAAUGAAUCUCUUGCAAAAUGAAUAUAAAUGAAUAUAUCAUUUAUGACUUUUUUUAUUAAGUCUUCAAAAACUACAGCUUCAAACUAAUACUUUUUGGUGCUUCUCUUGAAAAAUUAUAUCUUGAGGAGGAAUCAUCAUCACUGAUUUUCUUUGACGUGUGACAUUGUCGAAAUGCUAAUGUGUGUAUCUCUGUGUGUGAGUGCUUGUAUAAGAACAAAAAGUUCAAACUACUUGAAAGGUAAGGUUCAGCAAUUGCUUUAAAAGAUUUGAUUUUUCUCAAGUUAAAGAAAAGUAUUUAUCCCCCAAUGUUUACUUUGGUUAGCAUUAACUACUAAAUCAGGGGGUUACCAGAAGUAUAGACAUCUGUUCAAGGUUACAAGGUUUAAUUAAAAAUCUUUCUAUAUCUGUGGUAAAAAGUUGUGAAUUUACUGGAUGUUUAGCGCUGGACUACUGUAUAUUUUAUGACAUGAGUGAAAUUAAGAUUAAAUUCACAACACAACAUGUACUGCUGCUUUGUUGUUGACACUUAUAUUAUGUAAUCAGACUCAAUGUAAAAAUAA